AUGUCUCUUCAAGCAGUUUCAAGGUCUAUCAUGACCAGACGUUUAGUUCGUCCUUCUACUUUAACUAGAUCAUCUUUCGUCACAAGCUUGAGAACUUAUGCUUCGAAAUUUCCAUCUCACGUUGUCAUUAAUAUGCCUGCCUUGUCUCCAACUAUGACCCAAGGUGGUAUUGUCUCAUGGUCCAAGGCCGUUGGAGAUGAAUUGACUCCUGGUGAACCAAUUGCCGAAAUCGAAACCGAUAAGGCUUCCAUGGAUUUUGAGUUCCAAGAAGAAGGAUACUUAGCUAAGAUCUUGAUGGAUGAAGGUGCCAAGGACGUCCCAGUUGGUACUCCAAUUGCCGUUUACGUUGAAGAAAAGGGUGAUGUUUCUGCCUUUGAAAGCUUCACUGCAGCUGACGCUGGUGGUGCUGAAGCUCCAAAGGAAGCUCCAAAGGAAGAAUCCAAGGAAGAACCAGCAAAGGACGAAGCUCCAUCUUCUACCCCUGCUCCUUCUUCUUCUUCUUCUUCUUCUUCGUCAUCAUCUUCAUCAUCUGCUCCAACUAACAGAAUCUUUGCCUCUCCACUUGCAAAGACCAUCGCUCUUGACAAGGGCAUUUCAUUAAAGAACAUUAAGGGUUCUGGUCCAAGUGGAAGAAUUGUAGCAAAGGAUGUUGAAAACUACAAGCCAGAAGCUGCUGCCCCAGCUGCCGCUGCUGCAGCACCAGCUUCUGCUACCUUCACCGACACUCCAAUUUCCUCAAUGAGAAAAGUUAUUGCUACUCGUCUCCUUCAAUCCACUCAACAAUCUCCAUCUUACAUUGUUCAAUCCCAAAUUUCUGUAUCAAAACUCUUGAAGCUUAGACAAUCUCUUAAUGCUUCUGCUGAUGACAGAUACAGACUUUCCGUCAACGAUCUUUUAAUCAAGGCCAUUGCCUUAGCUUCAUUAAGAGUUCCUGAAGUCAACUCUGCUUGGUUAGGUGAACAAGGUAUCAUUAGAACUUACUCUAAUGUUGACGUUUCCGUUGCUGUUGCCACGCCAACUGGUUUAAUCACCCCAAUCGUUAAGGAUGCACACAUUAAGGGUCUUUCUGUUAUUUCCAAGGAAGUUAAGGACUUAGGUAAGAGAGCUAAGAUUGGUAAAUUAAACCCAGAAGAAUACCAAGGUGGUACUAUCACUAUUUCUAAUUUAGGUAUGAACCACGCUGUUACCUCUUUCACUUCCAUUAUUAACCCACCUCAAUCUGCCAUUAUUGCUAUUGGAACUACUGAAAAGAAGGCUGUUCCAUCUUCUGUCAACGAACAAGGAUUUGUUUUUGAUGAUGUUAUCACUAUAACCGGUACUUUUGACCACAGAGUUGUUGAUGGUGCUCUUGGAGGUGAAUGGAUCAAGGCAUUAAAGAAGAUUAUCGAAAAUCCUUUGGAAAUGUUGAUCUAA